UCAUUUUUCACUAUCAACAUGUCUAAACUACAGAAGUUGGAAGAGGCUUGCGGAAGUAUGGCAGUCUAUCAAGGUCCACGGAAGGAACCAGAUGAUUAUUCUAACUUCACAAUUGAAGAUUCUGUAGCCACUUUUCAUACACUUAAACAGAUAAUAGAUAUAAUAGAAAAGCUGAAUGAAUCGCAUGAAAAAUACCGAAAGAAGAGAUCAUCUAGUGCUAAAUAUGGUAGUGAAGAAAAUCCAAUUGUUGGAAAAGUUUCCUAACCAAAACAAACUGUGGCACACUUGGAUGAAAAAAGAAACUGGAAAUGUUCUUGAGUGUUUUGGUUUUUUGUUUUGGUUUGGUUUGGUUUUUUUAAUUCAUUAUAUACAUUUUUACGAAGUAUUUAAGAAUGAACGUAAAUGCUAGUUGUGUUGACAAUCUAUUUAAUAUUUAAUAGAAAAAAUAUGUACUUGGAAAUCUGGUCUUAAGGUUUAUUCUCAUUUUGCUGAAGAACUUGAAGUUCCAGGUUCUUGAAGUAAAAGCUGUGAAUAAAUCUAAAUGUUGUUUUGCCAUUGUUGUCUUAUUGGAAAGAACUUUCUAAACAAAUAAGCUUUUUAAUGGAAGUAAAUCCACAUGGCAUUUGUUGGUUGAGUUACAUCUCUCAAUAUAUACACUGCAAACUUGCAUGAGUUUACCAUGAGUGCCUGCCCUGCUGAUAGGGAUCUUGAAAUAGAAAUCCCGAGAUACUAUGACAUGGAAGAGAUCUGAAGCUUCACACUCAAUUCGUUUUGACUUUUUUCCAUAUAUUAGGUGUUGUCAGGACUUGAUUUAUCUACAGAUGAAGUCUUACAAAAUCAUGCAGUAUGUUGCAAAUAAUCUGGACAGCAGAUACCAGUGUUAGUUAUGUUUUUAAGUACUAAAGAAGAAGAAAUCAGGGAACUUAUGUUGUAUGUCUUGUUUACAUUUGGGGUGAGUAAUAUAUGGAGUGACAUUAGACCACUAUCUAUUUUCUUUAGGUUUUUUUUAAGGUACGUAUUUUUUCUUAAUCUAAAAAGAAAUGCAGGGUAACAACUUUCUUUUUAAAUAAGUUUGAGUACAGAUAGGAAAAUUAAAAUGUGAACAGAUUGUGGUUAAGUACUGAUCAAUUUACAUCAUCCCAUGUAUGAUUUUAUUUCUUUUU